CCUUCUUGUUGCACGGGGGAAGGAGAAGAGAAGAGGACUGAGGCUGGGAAACUGUAAACAGUGGAACGAUGCAGAUUGAGCUCAGAGCAUCAAUUGCAAUGUAUUUCUGAGAUACAGUAAGCCCACCCACAGCAUGGUAAUGUGACCGCUGCUCUGUACAUACAGAAAAUGUUAAUUAAAUAAUUGUGGUUAACCAAUAAGACCAGUAACUAAGUCAUGAUAGCAUAAAUCAAGGUGUGCAAUGGAAGCACUAGAAGUAGAGGACAUCAGUCCAGCUUUGGAAGUCACAGAAGAUUUCUUCAGUUCAUUUGAUACGCUAGACCGUGUUGGUCAUCCACCUGAAGUUUUUGGUAUUCAUGAUGUCCCUGAAAUUUUAGGGAAUGAGAUUUCCAAUCACAUAAAAAAUAAAGCUGAUGGACAGAAUGCCAAUACUUCUCAAAGAAGUAUAAUUUGGGAACGAUGCAAAAGUAGUCUCUUUGAUGCCAAAGCAAAGAAUGGUAUCCAUGCCAAAGAUCAAUAUGCUUCAAACAGAAGAAUAUUUCCUGAUGGUACAGGAGAAAAAAAGGACGCUUCCACUCUUAACUUCUUUAGUACAUGUCAUCAGAGGAGAGAAAGGCCUCAUUCAGUCAAUGAGACUUUGGUUCAUGGUGAAGACACUCCAAAAUUUAAGCCAGGUCAUAAUCGAUCUCGAUCAGACAUUAGUCAUAUAGACUGGACUAAUAUUUGUAAACCAGCUCCUUUGCAACGUUCUUCAAGCCAAGGAGUACCCUGUACUAGUCCUUCGUUCAUGUUGAUAAAUAAAGACAUUGAAGGAAAUACAGAACUCAAGUCUUCAUUCCCAAAUAUUCUCAAAAAGGGAUUUCUGGAAACUCGGAAAACACAGGACAGCUUCUGGAGGGGAUGUUAUGCAGAGAUUUCCCAAUAUAAGUUGCACCUUUAUGGUACAGAUAAUAGUGGGAACCACAGUCUUCUCACUUCUUACCCUCUUGCACAUAUUGAAAGCAUCACCAUUACUGGAAGCCAUGAAACUAAACUGGUUGAUGUUAUAAUGUCUGACAACAGCCAAGUGCAACUAAAGGCAGAUUCUGCCUGGGAAGCUUUGGACUGGGGUCAGAAGUUAUGGGAAGGAGUACGUGCCUUAACAUUAGUUCCAAAUUACUCAAAUAAUCAGCAGGAAGUCUUGGUAAAAGCAAAGAACUUUGAUGACAAGAGUAAUGAGUAUCUCGAGAAUCAAUCCUUUUUAAACAAGUCCAUCGAGGUUCCAAGGUCUGUAUACGUGUCCAAUGGGUACCAUAAAAAUAUCUUAAAAACUGGAACUCUGUAUAAAUUAACAAUCCAGAACAACUGGAAAGCCUUCACAUUUGUAAUUAAUAAUUCACAUCUUUUGGCUUAUCAGCCGUGCCACCUAGAUGAGGACCCAUUGCUUAGUUAUAAUAUUGAUGAGUGCCUAGCUGUCCAGAUGGAUGCUCUUGAUGGUUAUGAUUCUUGUUUUCAAGUCAUUUUUUCUCAAGAUGUUCUACGGCUUCGAACUGAGACACGUCAGAAGGCUCAGGAAUGGAUGGAUGCAAUUACGGCUGCUGCUAAAUCUGCAAGAAAACCAGAUCAAAAUAUGCCUGUCUCUCUUAGGAACAAGCCCAAGGAGCAUCUUUCACUUAGGAACCUUCAAAGGGGCAAGCGCCAGUCCGUGACCACAAGUUUUCUUGGUAUCUUGACAACAUUGGCUUUGGAGAGGGGACUAACUGCUCAAAGUUUUAAAUGUGCAGGUUGCCAGAAGCCAAUCGGCCUCUCCAAUGGGAAAGCCAAAGUAUGUAGCUACAGUGGAUGGUAUUAUUGUAGCACAUGUCAUGUGGAUGACACCUUUAUCAUACCUGCCCGUCUUGUCCACAACUGGGAUACAUCAAAACACAAGGUAUCCAAGCAAGCAAAAGAAUUCCUGGAGUAUGUGUACGAAGAGCCGUUGAUUGACCUACAGCGGGAGAAUCUACUACUUUACAGACACGUGGAUGCCCUGGCACAAGUUGUGCGCCUGAGACAGCAGCUAAAGUCGCUUCGGGCCUAUUUGUUCAGCUGCCGUGCAGUGGUAGCUGAAGACUUACGUAGAAGAAUUUUCCCCAGAGAAUAUCUUUUUCAGCAGAUCCACCUUUACUCACUUGCAGACAUGCAGCAGGUUGUUGAAGGAAAGUUGGCCCCUUUUCUCAUGAAGGUCAUUAAGUUUGCUACUUCUCAUGUAUACAGCUGUAGUCUUUGUAGCCAAAAGGGCUUUAUCUGUGAGAUCUGCAACAAUGGAGAGAUUCUCUAUCCCUUUGAGGAGAAUUCUACAAGCAGGUGUGAAAAUUGUGGUGCAGUCUUCCACACCGAAUGCAAGGUCAAAACCAUCCCCUGCCCCAGAUGUGUACGAAAGGAGCUACAGAAGAAACAAAAAUCCUUCUGGAAGAGGCUAAAUGUAGAUGACAGCUUGGAUGAGUCUUGCAACAUGUUUGAGCUAUCUUACCAGGGCACAUGACAUUUAACCGAACCUUUCUUCUCCUACUCAGCUGCUCUCUCACCAACCAAGCCGCUGUGCUUAUUAUAAAGCAUAUAGCUGCCUUCCUGUUCUAGAAAAUAGAGGACUUCUUCCAAAUACUAAUGAGUUGGAUCCAUCCCAUUUAAAUGAGUAUAUUGGGCAGUGUCUUGUAAUGACUUAUCCAGAUACAAAUACAAAGCCAUGAUGAAGUUCUCUAAUUGUAUGCAUGUACAUCUACUGUGUCUAAUUGUCAACAACAUCCUCACUUUAUGUAUUGAUGCCUAUUCAUUCUGGAGAAAACUGGAUCAGAUGUCAUUUAUUUUUAGACAUUUUUUCACUUUUAUUGUGUUGAAGGCAUUGGAACAUAUAAAUCAGAAUUAGUCCUUUUUUUGUAAUAACUCUACAUUUAUGUCUAAUGCCUUGUAUUUACAUCCAGGAAACGUCUUCUCUUCAAAGCUUUCUUCUGAGAAGGUACUUGAGCAGUAUGAAACAUGGCAGUAGCUUACAAAAAGUUGUCAAUUUGUCUCAACAAAAUGUAUUACAGCCAACAAAGAAUCUAUCAAAGUCACUAAAAAUCACUGAAGAGCAUUGUGCAAUUUUCAAUCAGAGGAUACAAUAAACGGGUCAUUCUAUGUAUAUGUAGCUAUACUUUCAUAUUACUCCAUGACAUGCAGAUUAGGUCAGUGUAGAAUAGAAUCGAGUGUCUAUCACCCUCAGAAUAUUAGUGUUGUGGUAACGGUUUCAAUGGCUGAGUGAGGUAUAAAAAGGAAUCUCCAUGUCUCAAAUUUAUGUUAUUUAAUUUAUUAAAGCAUUUAAGAAUUUGUGGAGUAAAAUAACAAUGAGCUUGAUUUGUAUGAAAUUGUCCUAAUUUGAGCUCCUGUCAGCAUUCUGCCUUUGACAUCUUGUGUAAGCUUGCGUUACUUUGUUCCAGAGUUUUGUAUAACUAUCUUAUAUUGCUAGCGCUUUACUGGUGAACCUUGCUUUCUAUGAUAGCUACAAAUACCUAUUCCAUCAUAUUGACAAAUAUCCUACUUGCUGUGUUAUCUGUUGUUGUAGUUGGCGAUGGAAUAAACAGAAUAGUUGUGCAGACUUGUACAAUAUAUCUGCUGCCAUGUGCUGAUAGGAACUUAAAUAAUGCAUAUUUUCCACAAAACAAGCAAUGAAGACAAAUGCAAUAUAUUCUGCAAAUAAUAUACUAAGAUAUAAUUUUAUGUCACACUACGGAAUAGCAACCCAGUAGUGCUUUACAAUAUGAUGCAAAAUGUUUCUUGAGUAAGCAAUGUCAAUCAGAAAAACAUAUAAAGAAACAAGGAAAACAA